GAGCACUGUCCUCUCCACAGUCAGUUCCAAAAGAGAAAGACAAACUGGUCUCAAAUCUUUCGGACAAGCACGCUCUGCUUUCGUUCCUCUUUUCGCAUUAUCCAUGCAGUCCAUCCUUCCACUUCUCUUCUUCUCCCAAGAUCGAGAGCAAGCUCAAACCUCUCGGCGCCUUGCUCAAGAACACGCAAACGAUACAAUGAUGCCUCACAAUGAACGAGAUUACUUUGACGCAAACCGACUGCUCGUUGCAAUCGUGCUCAUCGGCAUUGCAUCUGGGCCGAUCUACGCUCUCCGUGGCGCGCACCGAUUCCUAGGAGACUUCCUUCCGAAGGGAUACCAAUGCAUGCUACUGGCAUGCGCGUCGGUUCCGUUCCUUCCACUCUUCUUGCCCAGAGAAUACAUCGACCUCAUUACCGAUUCGGUUGAAUUGGGUACGGCGACCUUUAUCUUCAUCGUCCGGGCCAUGUCGCUGUUGUGGUGCGCGGGCUUCAUCAUCUGGUUUAUCUCUGUCCUGACGAAGGUGAUGGCUAUGGAGUUCACCAUGGAGGAAGCGGAGAGGAACAUGGAGAAGAUUGUUGCUUGCCUCUAUAUAUCCAUCGGAUUGAUCCUUCUUCACGGGCUUUUCUGGGGCGCUGAAUGGUUGUUCAAGUAUUAUGUGAACCGCGUGGGCUCUUCUAUCUUGGCGGCGACCACUGCCCGGACCGUUUGA